AUGGAGCUAGUGCAAACAGAUGUACAGUACGACGUCUGGCGGACGUCCGAGAUGGCAAAGCUGCUCAGGAUAAAGCGCUGGCUGGUUCCGGUGCUUGUGGCCGUUCUGCUGCCCGUCCUGACCGUGGCCGACGAUUGUGGUCGCGAGUUCCGGGGCAAGUGUAGCUGUGGCUAUCAGAUGUACAACUACCAGACGCAGUACGUGGUCAACUGCACCGAUACCGGGUUCCGGGACACGCUGGUCCUGGAGCACCUGCCGGCGCAGACGGAGGUGCUCAUCUUCAACGGUAACCUCGUCGACGAGCUGCCCUGGAACGUGUUCGGGGCGCUGAACGAUCUCGCCAACCUGACGAUCGUGGACAUGAGCAACAAUCACAUUCGCGAGAUCCGCGGCAAGUCGUACCAUCACGUACCGAACGUGAGGCGGCUCAUCCUGAACCACAACAACCUGAGCAUCUCGCGGUACGACGACGAGGAGUUCAAUCACCACCAUCCGCGUGUCUUUUCCAACUUCGUCAACCUGCAGGAGCUGCACCUGACCAAUGCGUUCGCGGACAACACGUCGGCCGAGCUGUCGGCCGAUCUGCACGAUAUCUUCGUCAACAGCAACCUCACGAAGCUGGUCAAGUUGCACCUGGAGCAGAACGAAAUCUCGCAGUUCAACGACAAGCGUGUGUUUUGCGAUCUGCCGGCGCUGCUGGACCUCCACCUCGGGGACAAUCUGCUGACGGAGCUGAACUUCAAUCUGAGCUGCAUGCCGCGGCUUCGCUUUCUCGAUCUCGAGCGCAACCGGUUCGAGGCGGUCCGACCGCGCGAUCUGGCGCUGCUCGAAGCGGUCCAGGUGCAGCCCGGCCGUACCACGCCGCUGACGGUGGACUUUACGUACAAUCCGUUCGUGUGCGACUGCGGUCUGUUUCCGCUGUACGAGUGGCUCGCCCGGACAAACGUUACCGUGCGGAACCGGGACGGAUUGGUGUGUUUUCGAAAGUUGUAG